GAGCAGCAGAGAGCAGUCGCGUCCUAUUUCUCUGCUGUUACUUGUAAUCUUGUAACUUGUUUUAAAAACGUCAUGGUCUUCAAUCCGUCAUCCAGUUAAAGUUGAUAUGAGUGAGCCAACGGAUCAAAACCUUUGGGGAAAGGUUAUCAAUUUCCGUUCCAUCCAAACUCAACUGUCUGAUGACAGCAAGAGCAGCAGCACCUUCGAUAUAGAGAACUGCGGUGACUGCAUCUUGAGUGAUGUGUCCAGCUGCAGUGAGCUUGAGUUGGACCUUAAGGAGAGCAGGUGUGCCAGUGCCUUGAUCACCGACCCUGCUGUCCAGAACUAUCGUGUUCCUCCUCCCACCGUCAUGGAUGACGGCAAGAGCAGCAGCACCACUGAUGUAGAGAACUGCGGUGACAGUGACGUAUCCAGCUGCAGUGAGUUGGACCUUAAGGAGAGCAUUAUCCCUGCCUUGAGGACCGACCCUGCUGUUGACCUGGGAGACGCUUUUGACCUCUUUGAGUCUGAGGAUGAGGAGGAGAGCAGCAGCAGUAGUGGCGGCUCACCUGGAUCUGUGGCCGCCUGCGCCCUGUCCCACUCCUCCACCAACUUUUGUAAGGAUGGCCGCAAGAGCAGCAGCAGCACCAUAACCAUUGAGAAAGGGAAUUGUGGUGACUGCUACCUCAGCGACGUGUCCAGCUGCAGUGAGCUUGAGUUGGACCUUAAAGAGAACAGGUGUGUCAGUGCCCUGAAGACCGACCCUGCUGUCCAGAACUCUGGACUUCCUGUCUCUCCCACCGUCAUGGUGUAUGACCUCCCACCCCGUCCUGCCCGUCCCGUGCUGCAGUGCUGGAAGGACCCCCAGGUGGCCUCUGACAGGAAGACUGACCGCUUCCCCAUCACUCCGGCUGACCACACCUCACUUGACGACUGCGUUACUAUGAGCGCUCCGGGCCUCUACAGGACUGAGAGCGACCUCACCGUGGUCAGCUUAGAUGAGGACGAUGUCUACCUGCCCGCUCCCAGUGCAGGUGUUGAGCCGGUCGCCCCUGUGCUGCUCAGCAGCUCUGGAGGUGCGAGCGUGCCCGUGAGCGGUGGCGGCCUGUCUGAGGCCUGGGUGGAGCUGGAGCGUGUGCUGGUGAGCAACAUGGCCAGCUUACAGCAGGAAGUGACUGUUCGCCUGGACGGUGUGGAGAACACACUGACGGCCGAACUUCAGCUCCGCAAGCGCCUCCGUGAGGAGGAGCGCUGGGCCGAACGCCACCGGCAGGGGCGGCGGCUGGAGGGCCUGCCCAUGUGGCUGCGUCGCCUUGGCGAUGCGCUCAAAGGCCUGGUGAAGACGAGGCCGAAGAGCGGCAAGGUUCAACCAGCCGAUAGCGCCGCAGCAGCAGCAUCAGCAGCAGCAACAGGCAGUGACGUCUCUGGGCAUAAGGAGCUCUGCCACGUGGCACAGAGCGCCUGCCACUCACAGGUGGCCCUGGAGAGGACGCGCUCAAAGUACGCCCAUGCUAAGGAGCGCCAGGCGACCACCCGUGAUGAGAAGAUUCUCAGCCAGGCUCUAGAACAGCUGGACGACCUGGAGAGAGUCUUCCAGAAGCAGCAGGAGCAGAUGCUGCAGGACGUGGAGAACACGCUCAACUGGCUGCUUGGGACAGAGAACUCUGGAGGUCCAGUGGACCUGGAGGAGGCGAAGAGGAGCGAAGAGGGCAUGAAGAACAACAAACCUAAGAAGAAGGGUCUGAAGAGGUUCUUCAAGUGCCUUUGCUGCCUCAAGUGAAUAUCACCGUCACUGUACUACGGGCUGCGGGUUCAAGGCCGACUCCUCCAUACCAUGUCGAAGUGUCGCUAAAGUGCUCCCGAUGUGCAGAUUGGCGCCUUCCAUGGCAGCCUCUGCCAUCGGUCCCCCAGAGCAAGACACUGAACCCUAAAGUGCUCUCGAUGUGCAGUGUGGCGCCCUACAUGGCAGCCUCUGCUAUCGGUCUUCUUGAGCAAGCUUUGUGUUUUACAAAUGCAGUCCAUUUCAUUUCAUAGUA